AUGUUGACAAACAAGGUUUCCUUGGCGAAGAUUGUCAGCAGGAAAGGAAGGCAGCUCACACCCACAUCCUCUUACGCUUCAAAGCCUACUUACACCUUACCAGCUCUUCUUCAUCCUUACCCUCUCGUCUUUUAUCUCAAGCUACCGCAUUGCGCCCAAGGAAGCAUGCCUCGAAGACUCCCUCCGACCUUGAGGGAGCUGCCAGCCAUAAAUAUCUAUCCAGAAGGAAUAGAUCAACAAGCUGCAUCCCCUCCUUCCCCUAGCGUUGCGACUGGAAGCGACGCGAAUGCCAGCAGCAAUGGAGCUGCCGCUCCUGCGGCUCCUGUAGUCCCACCACGACCUUUGACCUUUACGAUGUGUGCAGAAGUUAUCGGUAUUGCACCUGAUGAUGGUCUUCAAGUUGUACUACUGCCUUCCCCUUCCCCUCCUCUUUCUCUUUCUCAAGAGCACAAUGAUGGCAUAUAAGAAUCCUUAUUUUACCUUUUUCUCUUGGUAUAUUGGCCUUAAAGUAUACUAGGAUAAUAAUAAUCUACGAGAACGAAAGAAAGACGUAUUAUUAUGAUCCAUGG